AUGGUAAUUCUUGAGCAAGGGAAGCAACUGCAUGCUCAUGUCUUGUCCGUUGAGUUAGAGCUUACAACUAUGAUACAAAGUGCUUUAAUUAAUUUCUAUUCUAAAUGUGGGAGUAUAAAAGAAGCUUCAAAAAUCUUUGAUAUGACAAAAAAUGACGAUAUUGUGUCAUGGACUACCAUGAUUUAUGGUUAUGCUGAACGUGGGUGCAGCCAAGAAGCCAUUAAUUUGUUUGAGAAGAUUCCCAUAGUAGGUUUAAAACUAGACUCUGUGGCCUUCAUAGGUGUUCUUACUGCUUGCAGCCAUGUUGGACUUGUUGAUCUUGGCUUCCACUACUUCAAUUUGAUGACAAGCAUGAUCAAAAGCAUGCCAUUUCAACAGGAUGAUGUUGUUUGGUCUACUCUACUUAGAGCAUGUAGGGUACAUGAAGAUGUUGACGGCGGAAGACGUGCUGCAAAGGAGAUUCAUAAAUUAGAUCCAAAUUGUGCAGGGGUUCAUAUUACUCUAGCUAACAUUUAUGCCUCCAAAGGGAGAUGUAGGGAAGCAGCAAAUGUAAGGAAGAUGAUGAAAUCGAAAGGGGUGAUUAAGGAGCCAGGAUGGUCUUGGAUGGAGGUCAAUGAUCAGGUUUCUGCAUUUUUUGCUGGGGAUCGAUCUCAUCUACAAGGUGAAGAUAUAUUUUGCAUGUUGGACUUACUAGCUUCAAGGACAGAAAUUGCAAUUAAGGAAGUGAGUUCUCUUUCAAAUUAUGUGGAAGGUUAG